CCCGCCGGUCGUUGCGGGACUCGAGCACCGAGCGCCCCCACCCAGAAAUUCCCCGCGAGCUCCGCGGGGCCAUGCCCCUCUCCCUGCACCACCCGGAGCCCGAGACCCCCGGCCGGUGUUCCAGGAAGUGUCCAGCGCUGGCGGAGGGGCCUCCGCAGGCCGGCUGGCAGACGCCCGGCAAGCUACUCCCGACAUGCUCCUCCCGGAGGAUUUCGAACGCGCUGCCACAUCCUCCCAGCCUUGGCCCCUAGCCUGCCCCAGCAACAGGCCGCGGCCCGCUCAUUGGUCGGACCCGCGCGGCCGUGCUGAUAGGCCGCGCGGCCUCCUGGUCCCGCCCCCGUGCGCGCCGCCGCCUCCAUUUUGUCGAUCGGGCUAGGAGGAGGUCUGGUCAGAAGGCGUGAGGGUGGUCGGUAGCUGGCUUGUGGGUGCUCGUGGGCUUCGUUCGAUCUGUGCCAGGUCGCUCCCUGGAAAGGGAGGGGAGCCUCGACGUCGAGAGGGAGCCGCCGCUGCAGCUGAAGUCGCUAGGACUUCUCUCAAACUUGUGUGCUGAGGACACUCAGAUGUUGGCCUCAGCUCCUAGGCUGAACUCAGCAAAUCAGCCCAUGAAAACUUCUGCAUUGAGACAAAGGAAAGGAUCGGUCAGAAAACACCACCUAUUAUCUUGGGCUUGGCAGCAAGGAAGAAGACAAGUAGUGGAAAUACUGCAAUCUGAAAAGCAGACGGAAAGGUGACAAAGAAGCUGAAGAUGGGCGGUGGAGAGAGGUAUAACCUUCCGGCCCCUCAAUCCAGAAACGUUACUAAGAACCAGCAACAGCUUAAUAGACAGAAAACUAAGGAUCAGAAUUCCCAGAUGAAGAUUGUUCAUAAGAAAAAAGAAAGAGGACAUACUUAUAACUCCUCAGCAGCUGCAAGGCAGGCCAUGCAGAAUGGGGGGAAGAACAAGAAUUUUCCAAGUAAUCCAAAUUGGAACUCCAGUUUAUCAAGUCCCAGCUUGUUUUUUAAGUCUCAAGCUAAUGAGAACUAUGCUGGAGCCAAAUUUAGUGAGCCGCCAUCACCCAGUGUUCUUCCCAAACCUCCGAGCCACUGGGUUUCUGUUUCCUUUAACCCUUCGGAUAAGGAAGUAAUGACGUUUCAACUUAAAACCUUACUUAAAGUACAGGUAUAAAGAGGAUGUUUAAAUUUAGUUAUAUUUACAAAUAGUGGUUAAUUGGUCUGAAAGAAAUUUACUAGAGAAUUUUUGUAGAGCUAUAGUCAGACUUCAUCUCAUUUGUGUUGUGUGCACUGUGACAUAAUAGUAUCAGUGCAACUUAAAAUAACUACUUGAUAAUGUUCUUAAUUAGGUUACUUUAAAGUGAAAUGAGUCAAAAUUUAGAUUUGAGGAAACAACUUUUUUUGUGAGGGAAAAUAAUUAUUUAAGACUCAUGGGUCAGAUUUACUUGUGAUUCAGAUUAUAAGCACCUAGCUGACACAAGUUCAAAAACCAGGCAGAUAGCUGAAAGUUUAAUGUCUUAGAAUACCCAAACCAGUAACGUGCCAACAACCUAAUGCACUGCCAAAAGACAAUGUGAAUUUUUCUUAAAUAGUUGCAUUUUACUAAAUUAUACAGUGGUAAGUGUGUAAAGGGCACUUGGGACUUACUAGAAUGAGGCCUAAGAAAUACCCCGGUGGCCCUUAAGAAAAACACCGCCAACAGGAAUCCGGCAACAGAUGCACCAAAACUUCCUGUAGCUUUCAAAGUACAAUCUUUGUAUUACAGCUCUGCACAAGCUAUUGUGACAGUGAUCUGGCCUCAUCCUUGCAAAAUUUAAAGCGGGGAAUAAUAUAAUGUGAAAAUUUUAAGCACCUAGGGAAAAAGAGCCAUGUAAAUACAUGUAAUAAGCUUGUAGCAUAUGUAAAGUUUUCUUGGCUUUUAUCCUACAAAAAAUAUUUUAGUAUGAAUUUGCUGAAUGUAAGACCAUGGACUGUUAUACUAUGGCCUAAUUUUAGAGGUCCAUAAUUGUUUUUAAAGUUUGCUCUUGUGCUAAAGUGCCAGUGUAUGUAUGUUAUAACUGAUUUGGUUAUAAACUAUAUUUCAAAGUAAAUCCUAGUGUAAUAUGUCCUAUAUUACAACUAAACAGGUUAAGCUGCUAAAACAUUUCUAUUUUUAAGAGAUGAAAAUUGGCAGUUUGGACUCCCCUACUACCCGGUAUUUAAACCCAAAGAUUAAUUUUGGCUUUCACCACAGAUAAAAGUGAUUUUUGGUUUUUUUUUGUCAUAAAAUCAAGCCAAGGGACCACUCACGCAAAAGACAUAAUCUCUUGCGUAAUAUCCAAUAAUCCCAAUUCCAAAACAUGAUGUGUUAAGUUAAUCCAAUGACAAGUUAAAAGAAAAAUUGUUAAUGCCCUACUUUUCUAAUAUGGCAUCAUUUUUGAUGUUUAUAAACGGAAUAGCAAAGUUGUAUUUCUCCAGAUUCAGAUGAAAUAUUGCCCAAGUCAAAUAUUGAAUAUUCUAAAGAAAAGUUUAUGUAGUACUUAAUGUAUUAGUAUGAAUUUGAAACAUGAAAUUAAAAAAUAAAAUUUUUUCUCCCCA